AGCGCUGCUACAUCACUGCUGUGUGUGGCUCUUUAUUUAGAGCGGUGUCUCUGUACCGCCGUGGCUGCUUUUAAAGCACAGCGGAUUGUCUCUCUGUUUGGAGAUAGAGAGAGAAAGGGAAAAAAAAAACAAAGACGUGGACAGAGAAUGGGAGGGAGAAUGAAGCCAUUAAGGACUGAAGCGUUGCUACCUGCGUUCUAUAGCUGACAGGGCAGUGACGGAGGAUGUGGCGGUGAAGCAGUGAUAUGAGGGAUGAACCACCGCCGUGAGGGGGGAAAACAGCCGGCGUCUCUAACCGACAAAAUGGCUCCUAAAACGGCGUCUGUUUCGGUGACAUUCGGAUUUACGUAGGAUAAAAGUCUAAACUGGGUUUUUAUGCUUUGUCGAAAGCGAGUUUCAUGCCUUCAGUACCAUACCGGUACAUCGACCUUCAUUUUCCGGAUAUAAAAGACUGCAGCGUGGCCUGGUUUAACAAGGAAGGCUUCAUCAUCAGGUGAAGUCUCCUGUCACCUGCUCUGAGUCUCCUCAGCCAAGAUAGACAACCAAAUAUUCACCCCAUUUAGAGAGAUGCACUAUUUAUGUACACAUUUCCUCCCAUUUCUAGUUUGUACUUCUACAGAUCAGAUUUCAUUGGCUGUCAGACCUGAUCUAACCAGAUCUGCUGUAGAUCUACCGACCUCCAAGCCUACAACCGUGUCCGAUCUCUUCAGCACAAGACAUUUAUAGCAUUGGUGGUGUUUUUGUCACCCAGAUUAAUUCUCACACACCGGUUUGGACACUCACACCAAGUUUCGAGUGAUCAUUCAUCCUGGAAAGACUUGGAUAAUCCACAGUCCAAGAUGAAGGAGGUGUGCCGGGUUUGCGCCCGGGAGCUGUGCGGAAACCAACGCCGCUGGAUCUUCCACCCGGCAGCCAAGCUGCAGUUGCUGCUGUCGCACGCUCUGGGCCACGAGCUGCGGCGGGACGGCCGUGGAGAGUUCGUCUGCAGCAAGUGUGCCUUUAUGCUCGAGCGGAUGUAUCGCUUUGACACGGUGGUUGCGCGCGUGGAGGCGCUCUCCAUUGAGCGCCUGCACAAGCUCCUGCUGGAGAAAGACCGUCUGCGGCAGUGCAUCAGCGGGAUGUAUCGCAAGCACAACGACGAUGCGACGUCUGUGGAGAAAGACUGCAUGGUGGAUAUAUCGAGCCUGCAUGACGCUAAGUACUGCGCUCUGGUCGAAGAUGACCUGAUGUAUUCAGUUUACGAGUCGUGGGCGGAGGACGAGGAGCAAACGUUGGAGUGUAGCCAUAAUCCGCAGUGCCAUGGGUCGGACAUGUCCUCGCUCUGGCAUCGGUCAAGAAGAUGCCGAGGCUGCAGCGCGCUCCGCGUAGCUGACUCUGACUAUGAGGCUGUGUGCAAGGUCCCCAGGAAGCUGGCGCGUAGCACUUCCUGUGGUCCUUCCACACGCUACUCUGAGACUACCAUGACAACGACGGCAUCCACUACCCUUGUUCCUGAGAGCCAGCAAACAGCAAGGGCUUCAUCUGAUGGUGACAAGACUUUGGGAGGGAGGCCAAGCUCCAGCAACUCAGCGGAGUCCCUGACUUCCACCCUGGCUGCAGUGCCCCCUGUUGGAGACGUAGAGCGAGACGGGAGGGAAGAGCAGAACUGGGACUCUGUCUCCGAGCAGCACUUGGAAUCCAAUCUAGACCAUACGAAUGCAACUAGCAGACUGCAGCUAGCACUGUGCCUGGUUCAGAACUGUGUAUACAAACCCAUCCGAGUCCCCAAUGGAAGUAGGCUGCCUGUUUUAAUCAAACCUGGCUGUGUGGAUACAGGCUUUAAACUAGGCAACCCUGAACAAUCCCUGAGGACCCCCACUGAUAGGGCAGCCUCUGCGCUGGAGAUGCCAGGGCCACCACAAAUUCGGCUGGGCCUGGCCCUGGAGUUGGCUGAGCUGGAGGAAAUGUGGGAUGAUGUAUACGUGGAGUACUUGCCUUUCUGCUUGAAGAAGGUUGAAAAGAAGUCUCUGAUUGAAGAGCAGCAGUCUCAGCUGAACCAGUAUGAAUCCGCAGCAGGCCAGUGCGUGAGUGAACUGCACAAGGCUCAGCUACAGGUUCAGUCCCUCCAGAAUAAGAUCCACGACAGCGAAACAAGCAACAAGAGGCUGCAGGAAAACCUGAGUGAAAUGGAGACUGAGCUGCGUUCUAUUAGACAGGCAGCUCAGAAUCAGGAGAGGACCAUCCAGAGCCUCAACGAAAGUCUUAAUACUAAGGAGACAGAGACACAGGAGUUAUAUCAGGUUAUAGAAGGACAGAACACCACCCUGUGUAAGCUCCGAGAAAUAGCCCAUCGCAGUCAGCUCCAACAUACACAGGUUCUAGAAGGGGGUGACCUGCAGGGUGAGGUGGUGGCACUACAAAGCUCUCUCUUCUGCUGCCAGCUGGAGCUGGAGGCCAGUCAGCGAGCACAGAGACAGAGCCAGAGGGUGGAAGAGGACCUGACACACUCCCGUGACCGCCUACACAGUGACCUAGAGGCAGCGCUGCAGCACAGAGAGACCACCGAAAAGUACAACCAGGAUUUACGCAGCACAGUUCAGCAGCUGCGUUCAGAGCUACAGGUGAAGGAAGCCCUGCUGAAGGAGGGCGAGGCCGAUAAACACUCUGCGAUUUUAGCCCAAGAAAAAACCAUCACGGAGCUGCAGUUUUCGUUAAGGGAGAAGGAGAGAAUUGUGCAGGAGUACUCAGAGCUGCUGGACCAGCCUGCUGAGACCGGCCGACCCCGAGAUGCCCUGCUGGACAAACUAAAGAGUCGCAUCCGUGACCGGGACAGAGCCCUGGAGCGUUCUAUAGAUGAGAAAUUCCGCUGCUUGGAGGAGAAGGAGACGGAAGUGCGCAAGCUGCAGUUAGCGCUCCGGGAGAAAGAGAGAGACCUCGAGAGACUGCGUUGUAUUUUGACCAACAAUGAGGAGACAAUCACGAGCCUAGAUGGUCUGAUGCGCAGUAAGGAGCUGGAGUUGGAGCAGACUCAGGAAGCGUGCCGGAAGCUGCAGUGGCUCAAACAGCAGUGUGACGAGAAACACACGGUCGCUCUGCGCGAGAGAGACACAGUCAUCGCACAGCUUCACACCGCACUACACACACGCAGCAAAGAGACUGAGGACCUGACGGCGGCACUGUUGGCUAAGCUCUCCCCCAGCCCUAACGAGGUAGUGGAUGAGCUGAAGUCACGUCUGGCACUGAAGGAGCGCCUCUUCCAGGAAGUGCUUUCUGAGCGCAGCAGGCAGACUCAGGAGCACCACACGCUGAUCCAGGACCUGCUCGAUACAAUCAGCUCCAGAGACCAGUACAUCAAGGAGAGCGGCGAAAGAUUGAGGCGGGUGAUAACGGAGAGGACCGGGCAGCUACAGGAGACGCGCAGGCAUCUCUCAUCACGGGAACAGGAGCUAAGGGAAGUGACACGGGAGAGGGAGAAGGAGAGAGAAAGAAGAGCUCCACUGGCCAUGGAGAUGGAGAGACUUCAGAGUAUACUAAGAGAGAAAGAAAACCUUAUACAGGAUCUGAUGCAGAGUCAGGAGGAGGCACAGGCAACCUCCAGAUCAUCAGCAACAACACUAAGAUCGGGAGAUAGCAGCUCAGACCUGGAGAUGCAGGCUGUUAAAGAGGAGCUUCAGAUUGCCCUGAGGAAAUACAGAGAGACAGAGCGGGAGCUUUCAGAGUUAAGAUCUGCUUCCACCAAAAAGCCUGAAAAUCGCAUUACUACUGACCCCCAGAGUGCUCUGGAGCAGUUAGUAUCAGAGUACCAGCAGCUGAACCAGGCUCUGAGAGCCGAAAAGAAGCUCUACCAAAACCUGAACCACGUGCAGUCCGUAGGAGACAGUGUGGAGAAGACUCAGUCGCUGCACAUGGAGCUGGACACCGUUCAGGCACUGCGCGGACAGCUGGAAGAGGUCCUGAGCAGGACCCGAGACACAGCUCUGGCACUGGACAGGGCAGCUAAGGCCCAUGCUGACUAUGGAGAGUUUAGCACAGACGAGGAUGAGGACGAGAUCGACGAUGAUGAAGAUGAAGGCAGUAGCAGUGAAGAAUUCACCGACAGCAUAGAAGAAGAUGUGAAACUGACCGCUGAGAGUUUGGCUAGCACAGAGCAGAAUGCUGGGGUGUCUGGAGGGCCAGUGAGCAUGAGGAUAUCCCAGGAGGCCAUGAGGGGUGGAUGGCAGAAUGAGGUGGAGCAGAAGAAAAGAGACGAGAGAGAGACAGGAGAAGGGAAAAGCCAGCUCAGCCAGGCUGGCUGUGCGUCACUCUGUCAGGACAGAUGUACUCUACCGAAACUGCGAGAGGAAGACCGCAAGCUGGAACUGAGCGGCUCCGAAUCCGGUACAGAAAGGAACGUAUCUGUGAAGUGCAGAAGGUGGGAGCAAAGUGAAACAGACAGGCUGAACCCCCAUGACCAGCAGCAAACCCACAUGCUCAUAGAGGAAGAAGAGGAUGAAUAUGAUGACGACGAUGAUGAAGAAGAGGAGGAGGACAUGCGGGCCCCUCAGGGGAAGCGUGGCCUCCCGAAUGUGACUCUGAGGGAGGGAGCGGGGAAGAGGAGGUGCAGCAGACCGCACUCUCUGGACCUCGGAGUCCUGCUGACUCACAAAGCUACGGGUGAAUCCGGAGCACAGGACACAGAGGGAGAAAGUGGAGGUUCUGCAGGGUUCUGGAAGCAUGUCGAAGCGGGACUACGCGAGCAGGCGGAGCGUCUCCGUAGCGACCUGGCUCUGAGCCGCCAGGAAAGCAGAGAGCUCCGGGAGAGACUGAUGGUUUCUGAGGCCACCGUACAUGCACAGGCUGACCAGCUGAAGGAGUACAGAGAACUACUCACGGAGAGUGCAGUCCAGCAGGACAGUAAGCAGGUGCAGGUGGAUCUGCAGGAUCUGGGCUACGAGACCAGCGGCCGCAGUGAGAAUGAGGCCGAGAGAGAAGACACCAGUAGCCCCGAGUUUGAUGAUGCAGAGUUGUGCACCUCUCUUUCCCGGCCGUCGUACGGCGGCGUCGGUAAUUCACUGCGUCAGCAUGGCGACAGUUCCCAGCCGAACGACUUGUUGGUGCAGGACCUGCGUGCGCAGCUCUCCCGCUGUCACAAAGUGAUCCGUGGACUGCAGGUCCGCGUGCGCUCACUCUCCGCUACCUCCGACUACGCUUCCAGCCUUGAACGCACACCGCGCAAGGUAAACUGGGCCUUCCAAGAGUCUCCUGCCCACAGCGGUUUGGAGGACGAUGAGGGCUGGCACUCGGACGGGCCAGCCCUUGGACCACUGAAGUCCAACAGGGAGCUGCAGGAGCUGGUGUCACGUGUGGCAUCGCUGGAGAACCAAAUCCUCAGCAGCAAAUUGGAAGAAAAAAGAGGGACGGAGGAGGGGAAGAGUGCCACGUGGCCUGGAAAAUACAACACGCUGAUCCAGGCUCAGGCUCGGGAGUUAUCGCACCUGCGACAGAAGAUGCGUGAGGGACGAGGAAUUUGCCACAUCCUCGCGCAGCACCUGGGCGACACCACCAAGGCGUUCGAAGAGCUGCUCCGGGCCAACGAUAUUGAUUACUACAUGGGCCAGAGCUUCCGAGAACAGCUUUCCCAGAGUUCCUCACUCACACAGAGGAUCGGCAUUAAGCUCAGCGGACGAGAUCGGACAGAAGUGCAGGAUGACAAAAUGGGCCACGAGCUAUUAGCUUUAAGGUUGAGUAAGGAGCUCCAACAAAAGGACAAGAUAAUCGAGUCUCUCCACACAAAGCUGCAGCAACGCCCUGACACGCCCUCCAGCAGCCACGCCCCCUCUGAAACAACAGACCAAUCUGACCGCACUUCCUUUGUGUCAGAUGAAAGGGCCUCGAUAAAUGAGGAUCUGGAACUGUGUUCUGAUGUGGAUGCUGUCAGCGAAUACGCCCAGGAGGAACCAGCUCCUAGAUCAACUAAUGCAGACCGCCCCCCCUUCCUCCCUGUCCCUCCCUCUAUUCAGUCCCAUAUCACCCCCUACAGGCCAAAGGAGAGUAAGACAGGUGUGUAUUCUGCUCCCUUGUAUGGUUCUUUGCCCUUGGCCCAGACGCACCUCUGGUCCAACUCCUCAAAUAACUUAAGCUCUGACCCACUGCCUUUUUUUGGGCCACUGACACAACAGCAGCACCAGCAGGGUCCAUGCAGACUGCCAGUCCGAAGUUUUAGUUUACCACAUUCACUGAGCAGCUAUCCACUGAUGGGCUCUGCACUACCUGAUCCCACACAUUACACCCAGCUAUCUCAUCAUUCCCUUCACCAGCCCCAGAAAUCAGAGAGCAGUCUGGUAGGGAGCAGUGCACCAUGGGAUAUGGACAACAUGGUUCAACCAAUCAGAGGCUUCACUGGAGCACCUGGUUACCAGUCGGGAAACAGCCAUUCGGGUGUGGACCUGAUCGAGGAGCAUCUGUGUGAGAUCCGUACGCUGCGUCAACGUCUGGAGGACUCCAUCAGGACCAACGAGAGGCUGAGACAGCAGCUGGAGACUCGUCUGGCUAACGCCGCCAGAGAUGGAGCAGCACCCACAAAUAUCUACAUCCAAGGCCUGGACACUGUCACCCAGCUGUCCAGUGAGAUCCGUGUGCUGAAGGAGGAGAAUCUGAGUCUCCAGUCCAGACUGCAGGCGAGCAGGGACAACAGCGAGGAGGUGGAGCAGUUGCGGGAGGCGGUGCUGUCUGGGAGGGCGCGGCUGAAACAGGCGGAGCUGGAGGCGGAGCAGUGGAAGGAGGAGCUGAGGAGGAUUCAGACGCACAGCUGUGAACAGGGUCAGCAGAUUCAGCAGCUACGUCAGGAGAGGCAGAGCAACCACGAGCACAACAACAGGUUGCAGCAUGAGGUCAGUCUGCUCCAGCAGCAGCUCUCCGAAAGCAGGCAGCUGCUGCACUCGCUGCAGUGUGAACUCCAGCUAUACGACCGGGUGUGUGCAGGGAGCAAGGGCGCCCCCACAGGUUACCUCUCUGAGCUGCCGUACUCCUCUGCUCCAGCUGUGGGAGAACUCAACCAGUUGCUGGUGGAGGUCCGGGCUCUACGAGCGCAGCUGGAGCGCAGUGUCCAGGAGAACAGCGCUCUAAGGAUACAGCUGCAGAAACAGCUGGAGCAACAGCUGUCCUCAGCCGGUCUGGAGCCGAGACCUUCAUCCCUCAUGCCAGCCAGCCCCCUGCGGGACGCCCUCUACAGGCGGCAGCUGCUGCACGACCCGUCUCCCUCUCCACCAGUGAGGGACGUUGGUCCGUUCCCUUCCGGCCCCCCGUGUUCUCCUUAUUCGGAGCUUGAGGAGAGCUCACUCACAGCUAUCGACUCUCUGGAGCCUCAUGCAGAUUUGGAGGGUGAUGCCCCCGAUGGUUCGUUCGCUAACCGGAACGGGCGCCAUGCCAUCGGGCACGUGGAUGACUUCAGCGCUCUACAGCAGCAGGUUAUGGAGGGCAGAGGGCUGGUGCAGAGGAUGGAGGCCAUGCUGAAUACCUGCCUUAACACUGCACUAAUGGAAGUCAAUACCGGAAAGGCUCUGGAUUAUGGCAGCGUGAAGACUCUUUUAGCCAACACUAAGACUCUGAGGCAGAUUCUGGAAGAGGCCGUGUCCCUGCUCAAGAUGUUCUGGAGAGCGGCGCUUCCCAGCAGUGACGGCCACGCCCAGUAUCUCCAGAAAGAGCAGUCGAUGAAAGAGGAGAUCCGGUGUCUGCGCAUGAGGAUAGCGGAGCAGGAGGAGGUUCUGCAGAACACCAUACAGAGACUGAGGAGCACCAACCGCACUAAAGAGAGCAUGGAGACCUUCAUCGUCAGCCAACUAUCCAGGACUCGAGAUGUCCUGAAAAAAGCCAGAGCCAAUCUGGAGAAGAACGAGCUCAGGAUUUCUUCUUUAAGCGCCUCCUCUUCCUCCCUUUACCAUGGUAAAGUCGUCAAAGGUGCCUAUCCAGGGUCUUCUGAUAGGGAUGGCGUGACCUCCGCGAUCGCCAUGGAAACCUCCAUUUCAAGACUCGCCAAGAAGCGCACCAGGGAGUGCCUUCACUAAGCCGACGACCUAAACCAGCCAGGACGAGCUCCACCACCUGUCCUUAUCCUCUCAGAUCAUCUUCCCUCUUAUUUACCUCUUAUCCCUUCUUUUCCCUGCCCUUAUCUUUGCCUUACCUUGAUGUGUAUAUAUUUAAAUAAAAAAAAAAGUUUUUUUUAAAGGACUCGUCAAACUACAGCUUGCCAUGUGAGACGGAUAUUGCGCGUGUCCUGGCUGCUAUAGAACGUUAGCAUUUGUGAAAAGAAAUUUUCUAAACACGCAAAUGACGCACAGAACUUCGAAACCGGUCACUACAGGCGAACUUAGACUUUAUACUGAGUGCGUGGGGGAAGUGGAUAUUUAUGUUGCAGCUACACAUACUGCCAGUAAAUCCCGUUGAGAAACUCAGGGAUUUGAGGCAAAGAAACACUAAAAGCCACAUUUCAUACUGUAGGUGAGACAGAUCGUCAGGAUCGUCAUGCACUGAACUAACCGGUGCCUACGUUAAAGGCUCAAGCAGCCGUCACCGAAGACGUGCCACGUCUAUUCACAAUAAGCUCCGAGUUAACUAACAAAGAGCACAGUGCGAGGAAACACUUGAUUGGGUUUACUGUCGAAAUAUUAUCGUCUGAAACUCGCUGCCGGAGCCGUCGCUGAUUGCCGCUUUAAUCGAGUUUUAAUCAAACAAGCAUGUGCAAUGCAACCGUGCCAGCUUUCACUGACACCGGAACUGUGUGUUUUUAUAACAAUGAAAGACCGUCAGUGCAAUAUUAUGACUUGUAUUCUUACUCGUAUUAUCCUGUAACACUACUGAAAUUGUUCUUGGACAGUAUUUGCAUGGGGGAGGUAGAGAGGGAGGAAAAAAAGAGGAAAAUAUCACCUUUGUGUUGUGCUGUAAGGUGAAGUUCACCAAUACUUGCCAAAGUUUGAACUCCUGGUUCCCCUUUCAUAUCACCUUGUCCGCGUGAUUAACCAAGACGUUCAUCAGAUAUCUCUCUAUUUUAUUUUAUUUCAGCGUCAUCUGAAUCUGAAAGCGAUAUUUCGGACAUGCCUCGAUUAAGGAGAACGAUUUUAAUAUCGCUGGAUCACAUUAGAUUUUUUUUUCUUUUCCUUUUCUUUAAAAGCUCAUCAGCAAGUGAGCGCAUGAAUUAGGACCAAAUCAUGUUUCUGCUGUUCACAGCAAGGACACAAUAAAGGUUGGUAACAUCUGUGAAAUUGUGAGUCGUAUAGAAUAGAGCUAAAAAUAAAUAAAAAGUCGCACCUUACUUACGUGCUUAAAAUGCAGUAACAAACUUUGGCAAGGAUACGGUGGGUCCAUAAUUAUGCUACUGAUGCCACAAAUAGAAGUCACAGUUUGAGGUGUUCCUUAGCUGCUUGAGUAUGUUUGCUGGGGUUCCUUUUUUUUCCCCUUCCCUUCAGUGCUGUAUAUAAUUCGCUCUAUGCUACAGAGUCAUUGUGUGGUUCACUAUUUUAUUUUAUUUUUGCUCUAUAUGCAAUGGUUCAGUAUCUGGGUAGCUGUGCAAUACUUCUAAUCGCAGUGUUAAUCCUUCACUUGGAGCCAAAUUUGCUACUUCUAGGCUCCCGAGUUGCCAGUAAAGCUCUAGUGUUAUGCUCUACAGUUAUGCUAGUUUACAUAAAGCCACAGGUUUUAACACCUGCUGUUAUAAACCUCAAGAAGAUUGUUGCUUUGCUUGCCUUUAAUCCAGAGAGCUUUUAUAGUUUGCUCUCAGCUGUGGGGGGGGAAAAAACAACUCAAACACUCUAGCUAUUGCUUGUUGUUAGUUGUAGAUACUGAAAUAUUUGAAGCAACAAGCCUGGCUGUGUUUACGUUCAACAUUUUUCUCAGUAACGAUCAAGAAGAAAUCAUUAAAAAAAAAAAAAAGUCAUAUAACUUCAGCCAGAAGUAAGGAUUAGCCUACAAGAUGUCUUUUUUUUUUUUUUAGCUUAAAUUGCUAUGAAGAUGUCUUGAAGAAUACCAAAGUGAAGCCAUUUUCUAAAGUGAAUUUGUGUGGAACUCAGCGAGCGUAAAGGAAAGUCUGCUUCUGAAGCGUUAAGACGGACAGACGCUGUAACCAGCCAUGAGAAAUUAAACUGUAUUAUUAUUACGUGUAUAUAAUGACUGAAGGCUGUUUUGUUGCCACGGAAACUGUUGUUUGUGUACUGCAAUAAAAAAGGUCAUGGAUGCA